AUUGGUAAUGCAAAUAACCACAGUUGGCUGAGAAAAAAUGGCUUCAUAUUUAGACGAGUCAAUCGACAACUAUUUCUAUUCAUCUUACAACCCUUAUUAUGGCAGGUACCCCAAACCAAAAGGUGCGGGAUGGAGAAACAAAACUUAUUUGUCUAACUAUGGGGACACUGACGCCUACUUUGACAAUUACCAGCGUGCGCAACUUAAAUCUAUCUUAUCUCAAAUAAACCCAAAUCUUACGCCGAGGCUGCGUAAAGCUAACACCAAAGAUGUCGCGGUGCAGGUCAAUCCGAAAAAGGAUGUCUCAGUGCAGUGCUCCCUCGGCCCACGGACCCUCAUGGCCAGAAAGAGAGACGCUUUGCGUAAGAGGAGACAGGAGGAGGCCCAGCUUACUAGUAGCCCCGGUAGUCCAGGCACCUCGGUGGGAGGAGUGCGCUACCCUCGCACGCUGGCAGUCUACUCCCCUAUCGCGUGCAGGAGACUUUCAUCAUUUCUAGAAGACGAAAAAGCAGAAUCAAGUCAAACACAGACUGAUGAACCAGCUGAAACUGAGAAGCAGGGAAAAAAUAACGAGAAGUACACGGAGGAGAACAUAGAAAUCGCAAAAGAUGAAAAUACUGGGUCAGUUAAAGUUACAAAGAAGACUGAGCAGUCAGUUCUGACCGAGGAUGUUAAAGCAAAUCAGGCUGGAUCUAAAGUCAAGGCACGCGUGAGGUUUCAGUUUCUGGAGCAGAAGUAUGGUUAUUACCACUGCAGAGACUGCAACCUCCGUUGGGAGAGUGCAUAUGUUUGGUGUGUCCAAGGAACCAACAAGGUCUAUUUCAAGCAGUUCUGUAGAACAUGCCAAAAGUCCUUCAAUCCUUACCGUGUUGAAGACAUCACCUGCCAGACCUGCAACAAGGCACGCUGUGUGUGCCAAACAACUCUACGCCAUGUUGAUCCCAAACGCCCACACCGCCAGGAUCUCUGUGGCAGGUGCAAGGGGAAGAGGCUCUCCUGUGAUAGCACCUUCAGUUUCAAGUACAUAAUUUAGCAGGAACCUGCACAUGAACUUUCACCUACAUCACAUCCAACCUGCAGGAAGUGUCCUACAACCCAAAGAUGGCCCUCAUUCACAUUGAGGCACUGGGCUUAUAUUUUGAGUUUUUUUUUUUUUUCUGUUCUGUUGCAUUAUGGAAGUGAUUGCAGGAAAAACAUCUGUGAUUAAAUAAAAUGGCAAUACCCAG